AUGACCGACUCCAACAAAUUCCACCCAACUCUUGCUAUCGCCAACAUUAAGAACCAUAUCUCCAUCACCAUGAAGAUAGAAAACGUCCAAUAUGCGACGUGGGUGAAAUUGUUCAAGGUUCACGCACAUUCUUACAAGGUCCUCCACCACAUCGUCCCAUCGAAAAAAGACAAGGAGAAGGUGCCUAAAACCAAUGAAGAAAAGGAACUAUGGUCGACCCUUGAUGUUGCGAUCCUUCAAUGGAUCUAUGCAAAAAUCUCACAUGACCUGCUACAUACUAUUCUUGAACCUGAUGCGACGACAAUGGAGGCUUGGAAUAGAUUGUCUGAUAUAUUCAAAGACAAUAAGAAUUCUUGGGCUGUAACUCUUGAGCAAGAAUUCUAUCGUACCAACAUAAAGGAUUUCCUAAAUGCCUCUGCGUAUUGUCAACGACUCAAGCAAUUGUCCGAUCAACUAAAGAGCGUAGAUGAAUCAAUGUCAAACAAUUGUUGUGUUCUUCAAAUGGUGGUCGGCCUUACUGAGGCUUACAAUGGGGUUGCCAUACUCAUUCGCCAAAGAGAUCCUUUUCCACUAUUCUAUCAAGCCUGCUCUAUGCUCACCUUAGAAGAAGUUGGUCUUGCGAAGAAGGUUGCAACCAACAGGGGUGUCACCAUGGUGGUAAAAAGGGUCAAUCACUCUCUCUCCAAAAAUUCUCAUCAGUAA